GGAUAGAUUCUCAAAUUCCUUCGACUUCUCUCGGCGUCUUGGACGAGGAUCCCGUGUCAGGCGAGAACAUCACUGUACCCUGUCCGCCAACAUUCGAUAUUCCAUAUCGUGCAGAACGUCCCCCAGCAGAUAUCACGAGAAUCUCACCCUGGCUCGACAAUCUGCCAAUGAUGACCGUUCAGCGCAUCAUACAUCUCAUCUUCCCUGACACUUUGUCCUGGGAAUUCCGUCUGGAGACAGACUUCGAUGUCGAUGGAAAACUCUUUCGGCAGUUCGUAUGGACCAAGACUCUGCCAGAGGAGGAGACGAUCCCCGCCGAAGUGAGCCGAAAAUCUCUGGUAGUCGCUUUCCAGCCCCCGUGGAUUCUAUCGGAGCAGGACAUCAAAGACUUUGCUGCCUGUCGGACGGUAAGUAGAGGAUCUGGGGCCGAUGGGUCCACUGAUCACCCUUGUAGUUUCCCCCAUUCCGCUUGGAAGGAAACGCAUUUCCAACCGAACUUGCGGUCACGAGAGAAUCUGGGCCAAGAUCUGGGACAAUUGUGUUCACCGAAAUAUCCCAUUCUUCAUCCUCACUUCCUACACGCACUGGGUAUUCGGGGUCUUCUCAGCAGGCUGGACCAGUGCUUUUGUGACUGGGGUGAUAAGAUAUGACAGCCACGACCCAACCGUUCUUGAGCGUCUGACGUUCUGGGUUGCCACUGCUAUGCGUCUGGCAGGUCACUACAGCAUUCCCA